UUAACAAAAUUUAGUGUGAUGAUAACUGGCCGUGUUGCAAUAGGAUUAACAAAGGUUGCAAAGAAUUUGAUAAAUAACAGAACUUUCCCUGAAGACAUGUGACUGAUGAUGACUGUGCUGAAUUUUCUUCCUCUUUCUCCCAAACGAAGUUUUAUACCAUUGAACACCAAGCAAAAAAAAAAAUUAACCAUGUUUGGACUCUUUUUUUGCAUUUUAUUCACCCCUGGAGUCAGUGAAUUCAUUUGUAUGUCACCAGAUCUUGAAAUGUCCUAUGCUUUUUGUGAUUCUACAGCUCAUGCUUUCAUGUUUAAUCUGACACCUUGCAGCACGAUGAACAAAUCUGUCUGGAAGGCUGCUCUUACCUGGAUUCCAAGAAGUGACAUCCACUUUUUGAAGGUUGUCUUCAAUGUCUGGUAUGAUGGUGCCAAAGCACUCUUCUGGAAAGAACUCCUCUGCAGCGGAGCUGAUGAUGAAUACUCAGUGUGCGGAACACUGAAAGGAGAAACACUUAUAUCAGCAUUUGACAUUAAAGGCUCAAGAAUAAAGUUUCCAAAGGGCUAUUAUAGUGUUGUUGUGCAAGGAUUCUCUGAUGAUUCUGAGAAUAAUAUGCUCAUAUGCUUGAAUUUUACCAUGAUUGUAAAACAAGAUGCUUUCUGAGUGCCACAAACUUCUCAAAUAAUUCCAGAACAUGGAGGUCACUUCUGUGAGAAACUGGAAUCCAAGCUGUGAAGUAAUAUGCACACUGAAUUUCCUGAGGCAGAAUACAUCAUGUGCUGUCUGGGAAGCUAUAUGAUGUAUAGUCUUACUCAUUUGUAGCACAGCCAUAAUCAGUUGCUCAGCCAAUGUGCACAAAAUCUCUGGAGUCAGACAUCCUGAUUAAUCCACGGAAUUACCCUGACUGGAUGUCAGACAGGUCCUACAUUUUGGUGCUAUGCCUUGAGUUACAAUAAUGUUGAGUCCUUCAGGCUGAGAUAAAGUAAUCAAGAAGUUUUGAAGUGCAAGAAUCAGAAGUUCAUAAGUAUUCAAUUUAAAAUAACACAGCAAUUGAAUUUGGGAACCCUGGUGUG